CCACGUUGAAAACUCAGUUUCCCAGGUCUCCUUAGUGCGGGGGACGGUUUGUUUUACUCCGUGACGCACUACACACAGCGGUGUUACUGGGGCAUGGGAAAAUGGCGAGUUUGGAGGCAGCGGCAGAGAAUGAACGUAUCCUGCGGGAAAUCGAGAGCACUGAUACAAACUGCAUCGGACCUACCCUCAGGUCGGUAUACGAUGGGCAGGAACAUGGACACUUUAUGGAGAAGCUGGAGGGGCGGAUCCGCAACCACGACCGUGAGAUCGAGAAGAUGUGCAACUUUCAUUACCAGGGCUUCGUGGACUCCAUCACUGAGCUGCUCAAAGUGAGGGGGGAGGCCCAGAAACUCAAGAGCCAGGUGACGGACACUAACAGCAAACUGCAGGAUGCUGGGAAGGAGCUGGUGAAUUCGAUGGAAGAGCUUAAGCAGUGCCGGUUACAGCAGAGAAACAUUGCAGCUACAGUCGACAAGCUCAACCUCUGUCUCCCAGUCCUAGAGAUGUACAAUAAGCUGCAAGAGCAGAUGAAAGCCAGAAGACACUACCCGGCACUGAAGACCUUGGAGCAGCUGGAACUCGUCUACUUGCCGCGGGCCAGCCAGUACCGAUUCUGCAAGAUCAUGAGCGAGAACAUCCCCAAACUGCGCUCUGAGAUCAAAGACCUGUCCAUGUCCGAUCUGAAGGACUUCCUGGAGAGUAUCCGAAAACACUCAGAGAAGAUUGGGGAGACCGCCAUGAAACAGGCCCAGCAGCAGAGGAGUCUGGACAGUAUCGUCUCUAAUCAGCAGAGGGCAGGCAGCGCGAGGCGGGCCAGGAAAGAGGCUGGGCUGGGCACAGAGCUGGAGGGGGAUAGCAGCAGCCCCAUGUCCGAACAGGACUCUGGGAUACUGGAUGUGGAGGACGAGGAGGAUGAGGAGGAGGUGCUUGGUGCCCAGGAUCUAGUGGACUUUUCCCCUGUAUAUCGUUGUUUGCACAUUUACACUGUACUGGGAGCCAGAGACACCUUUGAGAACUACUACAGGAAGCAGAGGAGGAAACAAGCUCGGCUAGUGCUGCAGCCACACUCCAACAUGCAUGAAACUUUAGAAGGGUACAGGAAGUAUUUUAAUCAAAUUGUGGGGUUCUUUGUUGUGGAGGACCACAUCUUGCACACGACGCAGGGCUUGGUGAACCGGGCUUACGUAGACGAGCUCUGGGACCUUGCCCUCUCCAAAACCAUCGCCGCACUGCGGACACACUCGUCGUACUGCACCGACCCCAAUCUGGUCCUGGACCUGAAGAACCUGAUUGUUCUCUUCGCGGACACACUACAGGGCUAUGGGUUUCCAGUGAAUCAGCUCUUUGACAUGCUGCUGGAAAUCCGGGAUCAGUACAGUGAGAUUCUGCUCAAGAAGUGGACUGUGGUCUUCCGGCAAAUCUUAGAUCAGGAUAACUACAGCCCCAUUCCUGUUGUGAGUGAAGAGGCAUACAGGAAGACUGCUGGACAGUUCCCUUUCCAGGACCCCGAGCUGGAAAAGCUCCCUUUCCCAAAGAAGUUCCCGUUCUCUGAGUUUGUGCCGAAGGUUUACAGCCAGCUGAAGGAGUUCAUUUAUGCCUGCCUGAAGUUCUCCGAGGAUCUCCACCUCAGUUCUACAGAGAUUGAUGACAUGAUUCGCAAAUCAACAAACCUGCUACUGGCCCGAACUCUGAGCAACUGCUUGCAGAACGUCAUCAAGAAGAGGAACGUGGGCUUGACUGAGCUGGUCCAGAUUAUUAUCAACACCACACAUUUGGAGCAGUCGUGCCGUUACCUGGAGGAGUUCAUAACAAACAUAACCAACGUGCCGCCAGAGACCGUCCAAGCCACCAAGUUGUAUGGCACCUCCACCUUCAAGGAUGCUCGGCACGCUGCUGAGGAGGAAAUCUACACCAACCUGAACCAGAAAAUUGACCAGUUUCUGCAGCUGGCUGACUAUGACUGGAUGGCGGCACAGGGGAGAGGUGAAGCCAGCGACUACCUGAGUGACCUCAUCGCUUUCCUGUGCAGCACCUUCACAGUUUUUACACACCUCCCUGGUGCUGUGUAUGAACACGCCGCCAUGCCGGGUAAAGUGGCCCAGACGGCCUGCAUGUCUGCCUGCAAGCACCUCUCCACAUCUCUUCUGCAGCUGCUGCUGGAGUCCGAGGUGAAGCAGAUCUCCAUGGGUGCCUUGCAGCAGUUCAACAUUGACGUCAAGGAGUGUGAGCGCUUUGCCAGAUCGGGGCCAGUGCCUGGGUUUCAGGGGGACACUUUGUUGUUGGCCUUCAUCGACUUGAGACAACUCCUGGAUCUGUUCAUUCAGUGGGACUGGUCCACAUACCUGGCUGACUAUGGACGCCCCACCUGCAAGUACCUCCGUGUGAACCCCAACACAGCCCUGGCUCUGCUGGAGAAGAUUUCCAGAGCGAUGAAAGACACGAGCCGCAAAAACAACGUGUUCGCCCAGUUUCGCAAAAAUGAGCGUGACAAACAGAAGCUGAUCGACACUGUCGUCAAGCAGCUGAGGAGCCUCAUCAACACCCACCACUCAUAAUUGACAAGAUUGGCUGCCUGGAUUGACAGGCCACACCCCUUUUCUCCUCUUCACCCCACCCUUGACCAAGACAUAUGCCAGAUCUCUCUGCUUAAUCAUGAAAGCCCCCCCAGUUGUUUCCUCAUGCCAACUUCCUCAGCCAGACAGUGCAACUGUGCCAAGACAGUAGGAAUGCUGAUUGACAGUGCAGGUGUACCGACAGCAACACAGACUUCACUUUCAAAGCUUUUGUUCGAUCCGAGCAGUACUUCAGUGGCUAAGCUUCAGCUGCAUCUAUCUCUCUCCUCUCUCUCUCUCUCUCUCUCAGCACCUCAUUUACUCAUAAGGCCCAACAAAGCAAAAAUAACAUAGUGUGUCCUGUCACUCUGUCUUCUAGGACUGUCUACAGCCGUUGUGUGUUAUUGUCUGCUUCUGGGAUUGUAGCGAGGGUUCUCUUAACCGUAGCACCAGGUCCACUGGUUUCCCUGCUAAAACACACGCUUGGUACGAUAGUUAGAAGAAGGGCGGUGCUGUCCUGUCCUUUAUUAAAUUUGCUUCCGUAACUGUGCAUCCAAGCAGUCAUCCUGAAAAUUGGUUGCGUGUUUGUUUUCUUGAUUAUAUUUAAUUUCUUGAAGAAGGUUCUUUGGCACUGAUAGGGAAGUGCAGAAAAGAGACAAGCUAUUUAGCAAUUUAGAAUAUUUGUUGACCCAUGAUCAGGCAUUGAAAGAUACCAACAGUUGCGACACUAGCUGCUCAGCUACCACUUUCUUGGGUAGUUGUGACAGUAGUUGGGAAUAAAUAGGCCCAUCGACUGACAAUAAUAUUAAAAAAAAAGUUAGCGUGAACGAGCCUCGGGAAUUACGAGGCUUACGGGUUUGGAGGUUUGUACCAAGGAUGGAGAAGCUCCGCAGCUGAGUGGUUUGCUCUGUAGGUUCAGACUCAGACUCAAUGCAGCUGUCCUGUUACAGUGGGCACUAACAUCCCCCCCCCCCCCCCCCACCCUACUGGAACCUAACAUGUCAGUUGAGCUGGAUAAACUGUUUAAAAAGUCCUUUGUCAGGACAAAGGGAAAUCGAUCUGACAGCACUGGAUAUACAGUAUCAGAAAGAAAAGACUGCGACUGAUAAAAGAAACACAUUUAGAUAUGGAACAGGAAUAGGAAAAAAAAACAAAAAAACAACAACCUACAAUUCAGGCGCCUUUGGUUGAUGUCUGCAGGGUUCAGAACUGUUUAUGGGUUUAAGAACACUUUAAUACCAACUGGCGGUUGCUAUGCCUUAAGUUGUGUCAUUCAUCUAGAUUUGUGAAGAUUUUCAGCACUGCUUUCUACUCCCAAAGCAACCCAGUCAGGCCUCGGACUCUGCCCAUGCAUCUUCCCUGCAAAUGUAACAAACCAUAUUUCCCUCUUUCUCUGCUCUCAAUAGCUUUAAGUAUUGCCAGGCAGCUAUCUUCAGUGCUUACUGUGCUACAGCAAUAGAGCUUAAUGUGGUUCCUGAAAAUUAGCUUCAAAGACUGCUGUAAUGCAGCUAUAAGCAGCUUUUAAAGGAAGCAGGCAGCGCCAUCAUUUUCUGGAGAUGUAGGAGUUACAUAGCAAGCACAGCAAGAUCUAUUGUCCUCUGAUUACAUGAUCAUUGCUGUGAAUUUAGGUGCAAUAGUAUAUUUUAGUGGUGUCUCUCUUAAUUUGAAAUGCAAUUUUAUGGGGAAAGGGAAAUGAUCCCUACAGGAAUGGGUAUGUAAGAGUGUUUUUUUUUUUUUUUUUUUAUAUAUAUAUAAAGAAGUGCAGGUUUUUUUGUUGGUAUUAUUGUUGUUCCAUUGGGAGUUGGUGUAAUAAAAACCUAGAAUAGGCAGCCAAAAAAAAAAGGAACUACGUGCCUUGACUGCUCCUGUGUAUGGAGGUCUGGAUAUGUGGUUUCCGCAGAUAGGGUUUUGAUUUAAAAGCUCCAUCGUACGGAACGUGAGAGGGCACUGGAGAAUCCAAACCCCUUAUUUAAUACCAUCUUCGAUGGGCAGGUCAUGCACAUUUUUGCUGUAUUAAACUAAACCACUAAGUGCCCUGGGAAUUAUAGUGCUAAUACUAAUGCAAUUAAGACAGAAUUUGAAAUUUGUUUUUGUUACCCCUCAUUUAACGACUGACUUGCCAACUUCUGACCUGUGACGGAGACUUCUGACUCUUCUACAGGACAAGCUGCGACUGCUAAUCUUUAUACUUGUAUGAGAUUGGGCGACUGUUCUUCCUGAUAACAAAAGCUCCUAAGGGAGACUGUUUAAAAACUACCAAUAUAGUAAUGUGUACACCUCUGCUCUGACCCUUGUUACAUGCUCAGAGCCAAACCUCUCUUAGGAGAGUCAAUUAUGUUUUAUUUUACACAAAUAUGACAUGAUUAGAGCAGCAGUUCAUAUUAUUAUUAUUAUU